GCUAAUAAGCCGAAGACCUCGCCCAAGUCUUCUCUUCUCCCCUUGCUCAGCUCAGCUCCUUCCUCCUCUACCAAUCGCCAUUAAUAGGGGAAUCCACGAGGUGCGGUGCUUAGCUCUCUGCGACGCUGCCAGCCAAGCAAGAGGAGAGGGAGAGAGAGAGAGGCCAUGGCUUUCUGGGAGGGUUGCUGGGAGAAGCGACGCGACUGCGAGUGCGGCUGGACGACGUGCGCCAUCUGGACGGCGGCCAUCGCCGUCGUGGGCGGCCUCAUCGUGCUCCUCAUCUUCGCCUUCGCGCUCGUCUUCCCGCCCAAGGCCACGGCCGACGACGCCGUGCUGCUGCGCUUCGCGGUGUCGCCCGGCUCGCCGCCGGCCAACUCCACCGCGUCCUACAACGUCACCGCCACUCUGUCGCUGCGCAACCCCAACCUGUACCGGGGCAUCAGCUACGACCCCGUCGCGGCGGCCUUCUCCUUCAACGGCUCCCGCUUCGACGAGUCCGCCACCGUGCCGGCCUUCUACCACAGGCCGAGGAAGACGGCCACGUUCCACCUCACGGUGGGCGGCGCCGGCAGGCCCGUCAAGCUCACCGCCGCCGGCGUGUCGGCGUUCAGGGCGGAGAACGCGACGGGGAAGUUCGACGUGGAGAUGAGGCUGGACACGGCGAUGCAGUACAAGGGGCGGAAGACCAAGUGCCCCCUCGUCGUGAUCUGCCCGCUGCAGCUGCAGCUCGUCGACCCGGAGGUCGCCGCCACCGCGUUCCAGAGGACCAAGUGCACCAUCCUCCGGGCCAAGAAGUCCGGGUGCUAAUUAACCUGCAAAUUUUAUAAUUAACCGGGGUUAAUUAGCUCCCUCUGCUGCAAAACUUCUCAAGCAUUUUCUUUCCUUUUUGAUUAAUUUUUGCUAGAGAUUGCUUUCAUGUACUCGCAUAUUUGGAGGAUUGCUUUUUGGUUUAGAGAUUGUAGAAUGUUCGUUGUGUUUUGUGCACCUGUACUAGUAUUUGUUUGGAGAAUUGGAUUAUCUGCUUUCUGUGAUGAUCCGAUGAUUAUGGAUGCGUUGGCUGUGCCUCUGUCGGAAACGGCAGAGGCAAUGUAUGUGUCAAAAGGGAGAGAUGUUGACUUUUCGUCGAAGGUCCGAUUUACACGAGAGAAAAGGAUUGUAAAUGGGCCAGCUCGACCCAAGCAGUCGAAAGCCCAACUCAGCCCAAGAUAUUUUCUUCG